AUGGCUCCUUCCGUCCCAGAAGCCCUCAAAAAGAAGCGACAGGCUUACCAGGCCGCUCUCGCCAAGCGAGCUCUUGCUCAGCAAAACGCCAAGAAGGCUAACACCCUCAAGCGACGAGCUUUGAUCAAGCGAGCUGCUUCCUACGCCAAGGAAUACGCCGCCGAAGAAAAGCUCAAUAUCGCCCGAGCCCGACAGGCCAAAAAGAACGGAAACGUUUACGUCCCAGCUGAGCCCAAGCUCGCCUUCGUCAUCCGAAUCCGAGGUAUCAACCAGGUCUCUCCACGAGUCAAGAAGAUCCUCCAGCUCCUCCGACUCCGACAGAUCGGAAACUCCACCUUCGUCAAGCUCAACAAGGCCACUAUUAUGAUGCUCAACAUCGCUCAGGCAUGCAGCUUGAUGGAUCCUUGCGAUCUUGGGCUUGACACUGUCCGAGAGCUGAUCUACAAGCGAGGACAUGGAAAGGUCAAUGGCCAGCGAAUCCCACUCAAGGAGAACGCCGUCGUCGAAGGUUCCCUCGGAGAAGUUGGACUCCAGUCCGUCGAGGAUCUUAUCCACGAAAUCUACACCGUCGGACCCAACUUCAAGCGAGCCAACAACUUCCUCUGGCCCUUCAAGCUCUCCACCCCCGUUGGCGGCUACCGACGAGUCACCAACCACUUCGUCGAAGGUGGUGACUUCGGAAACCGAGAAGACAAGAUCAACAACCUCGUCAGAAAGAUGAACUAA